AGAGAGAGAGUGGGCGGCCACGCGCGCUGGGUGUCUUACCGAGGAUCUGUUGUCAUUUAAGCGCGGGGUGAAACAUGUGUCCGGAUGUCAGGAUAGCGACUAAAUGGGUACAGUUCCGGUAGCAUGAAGCGCCUUGGGAGUACACACGCCGAGCAGUCCUUGUGAAUUUUCUCCGUGCCUACCUAGAAGUUGUUUCCAACUUUUGUGAAAGUUUGUUCGGCGGCUUCCUUUCUUUUUACCAUUCGACGGCCGAAUCAUGGGACACCGUCCGACGACGAGGGGCCAUUCUUGCAGCACUUCACAACGCGGCUUCCUACUGCAAUGAAUGGCAACACUGUUCAACAGGGGACAGCCUCCACCGAUGCCACCCAGCCCAGAGGCUGGAAGGAGUUCUGCGAGGUGCACGCCAUCGCCACUGCCAAGGAGCUAGCCAAACAGUACCGCAUCUUUGCCAAAGAGCGCCCGCUGCACGAUGUCCCGGCAGCCGAAAACUUCUCUGUGCAGUUCACGGACCUCUUUCAGGAGUAUUUCCGCCAUGAGGUAGGGGAGGGGGGCCCGGCCAUGGCGGCCCGCUGCAGGGUGGUGCCAGUCUCUGGAGCUGGGGACUACCGGGAAGCGCAGAGACGUCUCUCGGAGGGCACGCAAGGUCUGGUGGGCUCGGGGACGCCCGCCGUUCACAAGGAGCAGCCGGACCGAAGGGAGCUGAGAUGCCCCUCUCUUGACACUAAUCGGGCGCCCUGCCUGCUCCGCAAGAGCCGGAGCUCGGAGGAAUUCUCUGACCCUGCGUUUUCUUUGCCCGAACGGUCCCCUUCGUCUGCCUCCUCGACCUCGAGUACCACGCACUUUUCGUUUAAGAACAUCCGGCAGAGCAUGAAGGACAUGUUCAAGAAGAAAUCUGCCGAGUGCCCAGCCGCCGUAGGGCAAAGGGAGUCAAAGGAGGCUGGCGCCGGAGAAACGCCGCAGCAGAUAGAGACUGCCAGGGUCAGCCGACAGAGCUUGUUAAAUCUACUGAGCGCAAGGUUAUGCACGCAGGCUUCUCCCCGGUUGGACGACGGCCUCAAGGUGUGCAGGGAGGGACACCUUUCUUAUCUGAUGGUGGACGAUGCCACCUUGGAUACUCAGUCUCACUGGCAUCGCUGUAGGCUGCUCCUGAGAAAGUCCUGUUUGCCAGAAAGUGAGGAUUACCAGCUGGAGCUUUUUGACCCUCCCAAGAGCUCCAAACCAAAACUGACUGCUCGCUGUUGUGACAUCACUGAAAUCCGAAGGUGUAACCGUCUAGAGAUGCCGGACAACAUCAAUACCUUUGUUUUAAAGGUUAAAAGUCUGCCCGGGAGCGUCAUCUUGGAGACGGACAGUGACCAGCAGCUGUAUUCCUGGACAGCAGACUUGAAGGACUGUAUGAACAAGGGGUCAGACGAACCUGGCGGGGACAACCAGUCCGCGUCUCAAGCUGACGUGAUACCCGCUGUUGUAGAAGGCAGCUCGGACUCCAUCAACCAAGGUGCAGUACACCUGCCUUUUGUGACCCAGCUCUACCACAAGACGGACCAAUUCCUCUCCUCCUACCCCUGGUUCCACGGGCAGAUCUCCCGCGUCAAAGCUGCCCAGCUGGUGCAGUCGCCAGGACAAGACGGACACGGCGUAUUCCUGGUCAGACAGAGCGAGACCCGACGCGGGGAGUACGUCCUCACCUUCAACUUCCAAGGCAAGGCCAAGCACUUGCGCCUCUCACUGACAGACCGAGGUCACUGCCGGGUCCAGCACUUGCGCUUCACAUCGGUGGUCGACAUGCUCAACCACUUCCAGCUCUCGCCAAUCCCGCUGGAGUGUGGCACGCCGUGUGAUGUCAAGCUGUCCAAUUACGUGUUGGCCAACACCCACUCCCAAGGUGGAAGUGCCUCCGGUGACACCGUCCUGAUCCCCUUCUCUGUGCACAGGUGGAACUCGGAGCCCAGUUUGGCCCAUUACAGCGCGACCAGCUGCCCCCGAGCACUUACACUCGACAGCCUCCACCAGCCCGAGCAGAUCUUCCACGUGGUGUCUCCUCAAGAGCUCUCGGGGGCACUUCGGCGCAGUGACUCUUUGGGCCUGCAGGCCCGCCACCGUCCGCAGAGGGACUCCGAUUAUGAACUAGACCAGUCUUCUAGGGGGCGAAAGCGAGCCACUGACAAUCAAUACAUGUUUCUUUGACACAGUGCAAAAGUGUGCAAGAGUGUGUGAGUGUGUGUGUGUGUGAGAGAGAGAGAGAGAGUGAGAGAUGACCAUUCCAUAAAAAUGGAGAGAAAAAGAAAAAAAAACACACAGGGAAGGACUGCUGGUGGGAGGGCAUGGCCAGGUGUU